GAACACAGAAAGCCAUUUUCUUUGAUACUUUUUUUGUAACAGCUUAGUUUUUACUGUGAACACAAACGCGCAUACGCAGCGGGCAAGUUUGGACAUGCCUUUUACUGUGAUCUUGUCAAAAGUGCUUGUUGCAUUGAUCGUUAAUUUCAGGAAGAGAAUUCAUCAUCACACAGAAACAGAGGCUGGAAUUUGACCAUGAAAUUUUUGAGAGCUAUUUUAUCGCUUAAGCACCUUGGAAAUAGUCGAGGAACAGGCAAACCUUCUCUUCCUCGCACCACUGGUGUCGUUUCAAAUUUGAAACCUCGCGGUUAAACUCGACGGGAACUUGCAGCUACACAUGCCAUGUUCAGGAUACGCGGUCGCACGUACUUAAGGGCUUUUACCAUAGCAGCUUGGCUUAAGAGCGAAAAAGGAAGGAAAACGUCGAUGAAGCAGACGAAGCGGUCGACGUGGGUCGAGUAUUACCGGGAUGUGGCAUUCUGCGUCUCCAUGAGGUCAAAAGACCCGAGCCUACAGGUGGGAUGCGUUACUGUGCACCCAAAAUCACUCAGGAUCUUGAGCGCUGGGUACAAUGGAUUUCCUCCCGGAACUCCAAACAAGGACGAAAACUGGAGAAAAGGUAAAAAAGAUGAUUUUGUCGUCCACGCGGAGGCCAACACUGUGCUCCUGGCAGGCCAAGCUGAUCUUGAAGGUUCAAUUGCCUUCGUUACAAUGUAUCCCUGUCGGGAGUGUGCGAAAAUGUUAAUAGCGAAGGGUGUCCGUAAGGUUUAUUAUCUUUCAUUAAAAAAAAAAUACCAAGCGGAUUCAACUGCCAUCUUUAAAGAAGCCGACGUCGAGGUCGUGCCCAUAAAGCGAGGUGAGGAUACAACGCUGGAAGACUACGGGAAUCACCUGAUCCAGAAGGUUAGCUUCGUAAUGCAACAGAACACGACACCGGGUGAACCAAAUGAUGCCUAUAAAGCCUUGAAGAAAAGCACGAAAGAACUAAGGAGCAGCGAUCUACAAAGUCCAUGGCCGAGAGAGUUAAUGGGCAAGAUCUUACUGGACAAAUGGACAGACUAUUUUCUGUUCUUGGCUCUCAUUGCCAGCACAAGAUCUUUGGAAAACCCUCAAGGAGCAAUCUUGAUAGAUUCUAAAACCUUAAAGAUAUCGGCGUUAUCGUACAACGGAUAUCCGAGAGGUGUCAGCAACGAUAACGCUGAUGACUGGAUGAAAUUGUCUGCGUUAACAAACGCCAUUUGUCUUCGAUUCAGCGAAGGACACGAUUUUAUCGCAUUUUCAACUCACUUCCCAAAGCUUCAUGAAGUAAAAAAUCUUGCACAGGCCCAGGUAAAGCGAUUGUACUUUAUAUGGCCAAAGACUCUUGAAGGGGACGACGAAAAGGCGCUGCAAAUUAUGAAAGACUCUGGAAUGGAAGUUGUGCCAAUGGAUGUUCCUGAUUUGGAAAAACUAGGAGAGGCCAUAAAAUACACCAUUGGAAGCCUGAAGGAGGCAGAGAAAGGGCUUUCCUCCGGUGAUUGGCCAAGUUACACUUGGACCGAGUAUGACUUACAACCAGAACGACACCGUUGGAAGCCUGAACAAACCCCGAAAGCUCGGACAUGCAGUGGAGCUCAUAGCACAUACCAUAAUGAUUCGAUUUAGCACCCGGGGCGCUUAUUUACUUUUGGUACCUCAAGGGAGGGCGCUUAUUCGAGACAGGGUGCUUAUUCGGGACAGGGCUCUUAUUUAAGUUUUUGAGAAACAACCAAAUGGUUAAAGCAUAACUUUA